AUGUCUACCGCCGAGCUCGCCUGCUCCUACGCCGCCCUCAUCCUGGCCGAUGACGGUAUUGAGGUCUCCGCCGACAAGAUCCAGACCCUCAUCUCUGCCGCCAAGGUUCAGGAGGUUGAGCCCAUCUGGGCUUCCAUCUUCGCCCGGGCCCUCGAGGGUAAGGACAUCAAGGAGCUCCUGACCAACGUCGGUUCCGCUGGCCCCGCUGCCGCUGCCCCUGCUGGUGGUGCCGCUGCUGCCGCCCCCGCUGAGGCCAAGGCUGAGGAGAAGGAGGAGGAGAAGGAGGAGUCCGAUGAGGACAUGGGCUUCGGUCUCUUCGACUAAGCGUCUUAUCUCCGUAUCGAAUUUGAAAACUCGUUUCCUUUUUUCUCUAUUCCUCAACCUCUUUUCCCACUGCCGCAUAGCGGCUCCCUCGACGAUUCUCUAUUGUACUCGAUACUCCACGACCCCAGCUACGACCUAGAACCCGGGGAAGAAAAAAAGAAAAUUAGCAAAAGAAUUCAAACGGACACGGACAUUCAAUGGAGACUGGGUGCUCGGUGUGCCUCCGCGUCAUAAUGUGGCCGAGGUAGACUCGAUCGGAUACCGCUGCGAUUCCGAAACUAUUGUUGCUUCCAGGAUU